AUGCCUGUUUUUCAUACGAAAACAAUUGAAUCAAUUUUGGAGCCAGUCGCCAAUCAGGUGUCAAGACUGGUAAUUCUCCAUGAAGAAGCAGAAGAUGGCAAUGCUAUGCCCGAUUUGUCAAGACCUGUCCAGGGAGUAUCAAUUGCAGUGACAAAUCUGGUUAAAGUCGGCCGUGAAACAAUCAACAGUUCUGAUGAUCAGAUUCUAAAACAAGACAUGCCAUCAGCAUUAAUACGAGUCGAAACUGCUUCACAAUUGUUGGAAGAAGCUUCACAACUUUUACGAGCCGAUCCAUAUUCAGGGCCAGCACGUAGAAAAUUGAUUGAAGGAUCACGUGGAAUUUUGCAAGGAACGUCACAACUUCUUUUAUGCUUCGAUGAAUCAGAAGUUCGUAAAAUUGUCCGUGAAUGUAAACGUGUCCUUGACUAUUUGGCAGUCAGUGAGGUUAUUGACACGAUGGAAGAUUUGGUACAAUUUCUUAAAGAUUUAAGUCCAUGUCUUAGUAAAGUCUCACGUGAAGUCAGUAAUCGUGAAAAAGAAUUGACUCAUCAAGUUCACAGUGAAAUUCUUGUGCGCUGCUUGGAACAAGUAAAAAUUUUGGCACCAAUUUUGAUCUGCAGUAUGAAAGUUUACAUUCACAUUAUCGAACAAGGUGGUAAAGGUUCAGAUGAAGCUGCUGAAAAUAGAAAUUAUCUUGCCGCACGAAUGACAGACGAAAUUCAGGAAAUUAUUCGUGUUCUUCAAUUAACAACUUAUGAUGAAGACACUAGUGAACUCGAUAAUUUGACAGUCCUCAAGAAAUUAAACAAUGCUAUUCAUAAUAAGAUGGAAACAGCCAAAGACUGGCUUAAAAAUCCAUACGCACUUAAAGGUGGUAUUGGUGAGAAGGCAUUACGUCAAAUUAUUGAUAAUGCACACAAAGUUGCCGAUCGUUGUUUGCCAAGUGACUCAUAUCGCGUUCAUAGAAAUGCCGAUGAUUUAACUGCAAUGGCAAAUGCUUUGUGUGAAUUAAGACAAACCGGAAAGGGAACAUCACCACAAGCUGAGUCAUUGGCACGUGAAAUGAUCGAUAAAUUGGACGAAAUGGAUCAAAAUAUUUUACAAGCAGUAAUUAAUGUUGACAAGGCUGGUCUUCAACAAACAGCUCACACUGUUCAAGGACGUUUAGAACAAGCUGUUCGUUGGUUAGCAAAUCCAGGUGCUGAUGAUAGAGGAUUAGGUCAACGUGCCAUUGCUUUGAUUAUUGAAGAAGGAAAGAAAGUUGCUGAUGGCUUGCCAGGUCAUCAAAAAUCAGACAUCCUUUAUCUUUGCGACGAAGUCGAAAAUCUUGCCAAUCAAUAUUCAAAAUUAUGUCAAGCUGGUCUAGCACAUACACCAGAAGCUCAAGAAAUUGCCAGAAAAUUGAAUGCCAAGUUACAUGAACUUAAAGCUUUGAUUCAAUCAGCUGUUGUUGGACGUGUUGUUGAAGAUUUUAUCGAUAUUUCAACACCAUUAAAACAAUUUACUGAAGCUGUAAGCGCACCUGAAGGAACACCCAACCGUGAUCAAAACUUUAAUCAAAAAGCUGCCAACUUGCAAGCCUUUAGUGAUCGUGCAUCAAAAACUAGUCGAAUGGUUGCUGCUGGUGGUUCAGGAGGAAAUAAGAAACUUGCUGAAGUUUUACUUGCCUCAGCUGCUCAAAUUGACAGUUUGACUCCACAACUUAUUAGUGCUGGUCGCAUCCGUAUGAACUAUCCAAGUUCAAAAGCAGCAGAAGAGCAUUAUAAUAAUUUGAAACAACAAUAUGCUGACACUAUAUUAAGAAUGCGUACACUCUGCGAUCAAGCCACUGAUCCAGCAGAUUUUAUUAAAGCUAGCGAAGAGCAAAUGCAAAAACAUACAUUGCUCUGUGAAGAUUCAAUUAGAAACAAAGUUCCACAAAAAAUGGUUGACAACACAAGUAGCAUUGCUCGUUUAGCUAAUCGUGUCCUUUUGGUUGCUAAGCAAGAAGCUGAUAAUUCUGAAGAUCCACAAUUCAUUUCCGAAUUGAUCGGUGCUUCUGAUAAACUUCAGAAUUCAGUUCCAUCAAUGGUUCAAGAUGCCAAGAAUGUCGCCACAGAUAUUGGAAAUACUGGAAAUGCCUCUAACUGGAGAGAUUCUAAUAAACAUCUUCUUCAAAGCGUCCGAAACGUGCGUAAUGCUAUCACUCAACAACCAGAGAUUCCUGCUCCACCAGAUCUAUCAGCACUUAAUCUCAACACACAUCAUAUUGAACGUCCUGAACGUGCCCCACCACGUCCUCCAUUGCCACGUGAAGAAAUUCCACCAGUUCGUCCACCACUGCCUGAAACAGAUGAUGAAGAUGAAGGUGUUUUCAAAGCCGUACCAACAUCAAAUCAACCAAUUUUGCUUGCUGCUCAUGGACUUCAUCAAGAAGUACGUCAAUGGUCGUCAAAGGACAAUGAAAUUAUUGCUGCUGCUAAACGUAUGGCUGUUUUAAUGGCUCGCUUAUCAGAGCUUGUGCAUCAAGAUUCAAAGGGUAGUAAACGUGAGCUUAUUGCCACUGCCAAAUUAAUUGCUGAAGCUUCAGAAGAUGUGACGAGAAUUGCAAAGGCAUUAGCUAGAGAAUGUACAGACAAGAGAAUUAGAACGAACUUACUGCAAGUUUGCGAAAGAAUACCAACAAUUGGUACACAAUUGAAGAUCUUGUCUACAGUAAAGGCAACCAUGUUGGGUGCACAAGGAUCUGAUGAGGAUCGUGAAGCUACUGAAAUGCUUGUAGGAAAUGCUCAAAAUCUCAUGCAAAGCGUGAAAGAAACAGUUCGUGCCGCAGAAGGUGCUAGUAUUAAAAUAAGAAGCGACCAAACAAAUCAUCGUCUAAGAUGGAUUCGUCGACAGCCUUGGCAUGAGAGAAUCGAUCUAGCUGACGGAACAAGAGAUAUAAUUGAGUUAAAACAAUCGUACUAA